AUGGGGGAUUUGGGCACUGAAUUGAGGAGCGAAGGGCCGGACAAGCUAUUUGCAGCAGCUAAUGGACUGACCAUGUGGGAUGAGCUGAACGAUGCUAUCAAUCCGGACAGCGAGAGUCUUCACGAAGGCGAUGGAGAAGAUUGGGCUGAGCUGGAUCUAUUGCUGCCUAAGCUCUAA